AUGUCUGCCGGUGGAGGGUAUAAUUACUCUUAUAUAUUCAAAUAUAUAAUUGUUGGUGAAAUGGGAGUUGGGAAGAGUUGCUUAAUGCAUCAAUUUACUGAGAAAAAGUUCUUUCCCGACUGCCCCCAUACUAUUGGUGUUGAAUUUGGCACUCGUAUCAUCGAAAUUAACGAACAGAAAGUUAAACUUCAGAUUUGGGAUACAGCUGGCCAGGAAAGAUUUCGUUCUGUAACUAGGUCUUAUUAUCGUGGUGCUGCUGGUACUCUCCUUGUUUAUGAUAUUACCCGGCGAUCUACCUUCCAGCGAAUUCAAAACUGGCUCACUGAUGCUCGGCGGUUAACAUCAGCUAAUACAGUUAUGAUGAUGAUUGGAAAUAAGUCAGACUUGGAAGAACAACGGGAUGUUUCCUAUGAAGAUGCUAAACAAUUGGCAGAUGAUAACAACCUUAUGUUCCUUGAAUGCAGUGCCAAAUCUGGUGAAAAUGUUGAGGAAGUCUUUUUGGAAACUGCCAGAAAAAUCUACCAAAAUGUUCAGGAAGGAAGGUAUGUGUUUUAA